ACGUAGAGUUUGGUCCGAAGUAGUCAUUUCUUUAUCAUUUACACCAAAAUAUUCCUAAUGGGAGUUUCUUCAGAAUACAUUUUAAGAUGUUCUUUCAGUGUGUUUUGAUGCUCAUCUUCGUAAUAUCUGACGAUACCCUGGGGUUUAAGGUCCGAGGUCCCUCUGGUCCUCUGUUUGUUCCUCUGAGAGGUUCAGCCACUUUACUUUGUUAUGUUGAGAUGCCUUUAGAGAAAGUGAAAGUUGUGUGGAGCAGAACAGACUCAGAGACACUGGUUCAUCUGUAUCAAGAUGGUGAGAGUCGACCAGAGGAACAGCACAAAGAUUAUCAUCAUAGAGCUCAUUUCUUUACUGAUCAGAUUCAGCAUGGAAACUUCUCCCUCCGUCUGGACAAUCUGACAGCUGAAGACAAAGGUGUUUACAGAUGUAAAGUUUACAGUCAGCAGCUCGCUGACAAAACUUUAGUUGAAAUAAAAGAUGUUGAGCGUUUGCUAGUAUCAGGAUCAGAUCGGUCUGUAUCUUCAUAUGAUGGUGAGGACGUCACUCUGAACUGCUCUGUAGACUCUCACAUUAAACCUGAACACAUUGAGGUUUCAUGGAUAAGAACCGAUGGAGAUAUUCUGGUUCUGCUCUUCCAAAACAAUGAGACUUUACCAGAUUCAUCAGAUGAACAAUACAGAGACAGAGUUGAGUUCUUCACUGCUGAAAUCCCCAAAGGAAACUUCUCUCUCAGACUGAAGAGUGUCAGAACUGAGGAUAAAGGAGUUUACAUGUGUCAAGUGUUUGCUGGAGGACUUUCAGCCAAUGCAUCUGUAGAACUGGAGCAACUGGGUUUCUCUUGGCUACACAUAACUGUGUUGAUUCUCUGUAUUGUUGCGCCUGGAUCUGCGCAUCCCUCCUGGCUCGUUUAUUCCAGAGCAGGAAAUCAAGACAGAAGGCUGAGUCUUCAAGAUUGUCUUUUCCUUUGCCCGGCUAUAACUAUGCUGUUGGCUUCAAUCAUAUGGUUUGUUAUUGAAGGUUUUCUGUAUGAGACCGUCUCUUGCUGUAUGCUCUAUGUUCUGGGGCCUCUGAGGUUGUUUUGGGUGAAACCAUUAACCACAGGUUUGCCAGAUAAAAUCUUGAAGUAUAUCAUGAUUUCACAUGCCGAUCAUGCAGCAUUAAUGGCAGUGAUGUAUUCAGUACUUUUAGCUGAACAUUUUCCAAACAUCAGCACAGUCUUCAUCACAUCCAGCUUUGGUUUGCUUGUCCUGAUGUGUCUCCUCUUCAUUACACAGUUAGGUAAAGAGAAGGUGCUGUCAUGUUCUGGAGAGUCGAGCAGAAGGAUGUUCAGUAAAGUUCAACACUUUGUGGCUACUUGUGGCUUUUCAGGGCUGCCUUCAUUACAGCUCGCCCUCCUGCUCUACACUCAUUCUGCCUCCGGUGCAGUCUUCAUCAUUACGGCUCUUCCAACGCUUCAUUGGUUGCUUCAUCUCAUUUGUAUUGAACAUAGUGCAGUUAAACACUGUCUACAUUGUCUGUAUAUAUUAAUAUGGCUGAUGAUGAUUGUGAUGACUGCAGUAAUGGGGUAUUUUUACAUUAUGCUCUUGAGAAAUGAAAAAGCUGAUGCAGGACCGGUCUGUGUGGCAGGAUUUGUUCAAGCCUUGUGGGUGCUUGCAUUUUCCAAUGUUCCAGUCUAUUAUGAAAAGCUUCGCAUGAGGAAAAUAUUGUUCCUGUAUGGAUCAGCUGGUCUUGUUUUAGUGAACUCGGCUGCACUGAUGACAGAACUGAUAAUGAAAGCAGUUCAUGGUGUGCGUCUGCUGGGAGAUUUGAGAAUCGUUGUCCUUCUAUCUGAGUGGCUCUUUACUGUAACACUGCUGGUUUUAUCCGUUGUUGCAUCAUGGAAAGCUGCCGGAACUGAGUCUCAGAAGGCUUCUCAGGUGUCGACAGAUAAUGGGACUCCUGAUACAAAUCAUACAAGUAUAGAUAUGACCCAGAAGAUUGGAGAAUCCCAUGAAAUGGAAACUCUGAGAAACGUAGCUGGGAACAAUGAGGAGCAUCAAGAAGAAGAGAUCAACUUACAGUAAAGUGAACUGUACCGUUUAAAAGAUCUGACUGAACUUUUCUCGUUGGGCAGAGAUGGUAUGAAUCAUUUCUGAUGGCCAUUUCUUUGUCUGCGUUAUUAUUAGGAGCAGAGACUGUUGCACAUUAUCACGGUUAGAGCUGGAUGUAUUUUAAUAUCUGUGAUGUUGUGCCAUUGAUAUUGUGGUAUGUUGUUUAUGGUUGUCAAACUAUGCUGAUUUCCAUUUUGAAGUUAAUCAUGUACUUGAAGUGAUCAAAAAAUACUCAAAUUUUUAUAUUUAUAUGCAUUUAAAUAAUUUCCAUGUAAUAUGUAAAAUAUUUAAUUUAAUGUAAUCUUUGUCUUUGUUUAUAGCUGACUUUUCUUCCAAAGUUCUUGAAGCACAUUAUUUUUUACUGUAGUACCAAAACGGGUAUUGAGAAAUAUAAAUAUUCACUGUAACUGUAAGGUCAGGUGUAUGUUCCUGGCUAGAAUAAGCUCCAAAGUGGAUCCAGAGUUGAAUGUAUAAUAUUAAUGUGGUCUUCUCUUGUUUCUCUUUCACUGAUAUUUUUCUAUGAAACAUGUUCUAAUCUGAGUUUUCAUUCUCUGUGAGAAGUUUAUUGAUGCACAUUGACUUCUGAGAUGGUGUUACUGUAUACAUGACAAGAUUAAUGAUUUUCUGCCUCAUUCUUCUGAUAAAUUUGUGUGAGAUAUGAUCUUUAAUGUAGACCUUUUUCCAACUGUAGCAGGAUAUUGCUAUUUAUAUA